ACACUAAUUAGUUUUUAAGCCAAAAUGGACAAUCUGUACAUGAAAGGUGAACUUCUCCAAGUUCACACAAAAAAUUGUGAAGUAAUCGAAGGAAGAUUCUACAACAUGACUAAUGACAAAUCUAAAAUAUCUCUCUAUGAAGUCAAAGAGUUGCCUAAGACUAAACCAAAUGAGAAUGUUUGCCACUACUAUGAACCGGAAAUAAGGAGCAUUGUGAGACUGAAAGACCCUGGUGGGCAAGCAUUUUUAAAGAUUACACAAAAGGAAUAUGAGGAUAUUAUAAAGAUAUCAAAGAAAUACAUUUAUAUUAACCAAAUAGAUCAUACUUUUCAUGAAGCUGUGGAAGAUAUAAAUCAGUAUAACUACAUAGCUAUUAGCACUGAUGGUGCUAAUAUGGGGCGUAAAUGUAAGAUGCCAUUUCUUGUGUUAUCCACACCACAACAGAUAUAUAUUUUUGAUAUUCAAGUACUACAAUAUCAUGCUUUUGAUUCUGGUCUCAAGAAAAUACUGGAAAGUGAAAGCCCAAAAAAGAUUGUCCAUGAUUGUAGAAAGUUAUCAGACUGCUUAUUUCACAAGCACAAUGUGACAUUGAAGUCUGUGUUUGAUACUCAGGUGGGAGACAUUAUCAUCACAAAGAACAAGACAGGAUGUAUUGCAAGUCAAGUAAAAUCAUUGCCUGAAUGCCUUAACAUUUAUCUUGGUUUGAAACUUAACACGAUCGAGGAUAAACUGGACAUAGUGCAGUGUACUGAACGGCCACUGUCAGUAAUCAUAAAGGAAACUCUUGCGAGGAACAUUUGCUUUUUGCAUCGUCUUUCGGAAAUGAUGAAUGAUCAAAUGAUGCUUCCCUUUUUACGGGGAGUUGAAUGCUACGUAGAAAAUCUCAGAUCAUGUGAUGACUUCAAAGCAUGGGAGCUAUGUGGCAAGCAGUAUCAAAUACCAAAGGAUUUUAAGAGUGCAAUUGAGUAUUAACAUUCCACAAUAAAUUGUAGAAUUAGGCUUU